AUGGAGUUUCAGUUUAUUAAUUCUUCUUCGUCUAAAAAUCAUAGUGAUUCCUAUAAUAUCUCCAUCAUUACUUCUGCUUCAAUCAAUUCUUCGUCCAAACCUACUUAUGUUGCUGUUCUUGCUAAGUCGUCGUUAACAUUGCCGGCGAUCGUGGCUGAACGUUCAUCCGCGGCGAAUGACUGUGAACCUGGUCCUGAAAACCCACCUUCCCUGUCGGAGAAACAAGCUGAGGAUGAGACUAUGGUGUCAACAAGCCAGCCGGAAGUAAUAUCCGAAAAUCAUACUGACCCUCCGUCACCAUGUCAUUCUUAUAACAUCUCUAUCAUUACUUUACCGUCGGCUCAUAUUUUACGCCCAAAAUCCGAUUCUUAUGCUAGUGUUGAUGCUAAGUCGUCGUUGCCAUUGCCGGCGACGGUGCCUGAAUGUUCAUCCUCGACCGCUGCUUCUUCCUCUUUGCCGGCGAAUGAUUCUGAGCGUAUGGCUGAGGGCUUGAAACUGAUGACGUCGGAGUCAUACAAAGAUUUGACCGAUCGAUCACCUUCACUACAACUGCAGGACUCUCAAAGCCCACCUUCCCCAUCGAAGAAACAAGUAAUUACCAGCGAUAAGACUCUGGCGCCAACAAACCAACAAGAACUAACGAGUCAAAACGGCGCGUUUUCCAGCGGCAUCCACGGCCAGAUACAGUCAGCAAGUCGUGGUGCCACGUCCACGACAGGGUCCCACAACUCCUCUUUAAGCCACAAUAGACGAAGGAGUACUACAAUAACUGGAUAUAGAACAAAGAUCCAUAAUAAUGUUAACGUUGUUCCAUGGCAACAUGGGAUGAUCAAUCAAAAUUGCAACACUCAUGGGAAUUUCCGUAGCGGAAACAUGCAUAUACCACCUCGAGGCCAUACAAUGUUUGCAAGGCCACCUCCGCCGCCUCCUCUACGGCCGCCGCCUCCGCCUCUGGCAUCUUAUUCUUACCCUUAUUAUUUUCCCCAACCGCCCGUCGUAAUACCACCAAUGCCGCCACCGUAUGGAGUCUCUUAUGUAUUCCCAGCUGAUUUGGGUCGUCAUAUUCCAUAUCAUGCCACUCUCGAGCCAUUUAUUGGAGCUCCUCAUCAUGUGCCAUCAAUAAUGAAUAAUCGUGCAGCUCGAGAUCCUGAGUUACCUGCUAAGAUUGUUAAACAGAUUGAUUAUUACUUCAGUUUUGAUAAUUUAGUUAAGGAUAUCUACCUGCGAAAGCAAAUGGAUCAUGAGGGUUGGAUUCCUAUACGAAUGGUAGCUGGUUUUCCCAGGAUCAAAAAGCUGACUAGCAAUAUCCAAAUCAUCACAGAUGCUCUUCAAAUUUCAUCUGUAGUUGAAAUUUCGAAAGCUGAGAUUCUAGGAAUGUAUGGAAGAUUUAUUUGA